AUGCGUGUGAUGGCAAUCCAAGAUUCUCCGUUGCUGCUUGGUUUGGAACGCCUCGUUCCAGCAUUAGUUCUGUCAUCAGACGGCAAAAUUCAAGGGUGCACUCCUGCUUUUUGCGAGAUAAUAGGCUUGGCGGAGGAGGAAACUGUAGGCAACAAUUUCUUGAACUUCGUACAUGGAGAUGAGAGGGAUUGCGUCCAGAGUGCACUUGGCGUGGCGAAAGAGAGAACAUGUAUUGACCUGCGAGUUUCUCGCCACUUAGCCGACUGCGCAUGGUUCGAAGCGAAGCUGACAAAAUGCGGACGUAACGGCGAGCCGUCACAGUUCGUUUGUAUAUUUCACGACAUAUCGCGAUGGAGAAGAGUCGAGGAUAUUGCUCAGAAUGCUCUCGAAGACUGUUUCGCGCUUGCUAAUUCACGGUCAAAUGCAUCUCAGGAACAAGCAUCAGCAGCAAAUGACAAGGGUUUCCGGGAACGAGUGUCCCAACUGAAACUAGCCGUUGAGGCUGGGUUGGAAAGCGAGAAGUUUAGACGGAUAUUUGAGAUGUCCAUGGACCCAAUAUUCUUGAUAGGAGAAGACACAACGGUACACCAGUGUAACGAGGCUGCUCUUCGCAUUUUAAAGCUCAACGACAUGUCCGAGAUUGUACAGAAGCUCACGGUGCCGAUGGUCUCUCCAGAAUUUCAGCCAGAUGGCUCGAGGACGAUAGAAAAGCUCCAGGAGUUUUGCCAGCCUCUGUUUGCCGGAGAAACUGUCACGGGAGAAUGGUGGCACUACAAUGCUGAGGGGACCCUCUUUCCAGUUCUUGUGAAAGUUCAGAACGUCGUUUCCAAUGGGAAGAAUUACAUGGUCUGUGUAUGGCAUGAUCUGACUGAAAUUAAGAGACGUGAGGCUGAGUUAGAGAAAGCGAAGGAGGCUGCAGAGGCUGCUAACCAAGCUAAGAGCCAGUUUCUGGCUAACAUCAGCCACGAAAUAAGGACACCUAUGAAUGGCGUGAUUGGUGUAACUGAGCUGCUCUUAAGGACCAACUUGACAGAGGAGCAGCAAUCAUACCUGGAGGUGGUUCGCUCAUCAGGAGAGACUCUUCUGAACAUCAUAUCUGAUGUGCUCGAUAUCAGCAAGAUCGAGGCCCGUUCCAUAACGCUGGAAUCCAUACCCUUCAGCCUCAAAGAGGCCAUUGAAGACUCACUGUCCUCAGUCCGGGUCUUAGCACUGCAGAAGGACCUAGAGCUCAAUGCUUUUGUCGAGGACACUCUUCCUUCCAAGGUCAUUGGAGACCCUACCAGGAUUCGCCAAAUCUUGCUCAACCUGCUUUCUAACGCAAUCAAGUUUACCGAGAGUGGCAGAACUGAGCUACGAGCCAUUAUCAAGGACUGCAAAGACUCGCUGGCAGCCCAUCCUCGUCUAUCACCAUGCACGACAUCGUGGGCUGAGGGGGAGGAGCCUGGGAAGAGGAUUAGGUUACGGGGUGAUGCUAAGGAUUCCACACUUCGAAGUGAUAACACGAGCAAUCUCAUCCACUUUGAGGUUUCUGACACCGGCAUUGGAAUCUCUGAGGACAUGAUUCCAAAGCUUUUUCUACCAUUCACACAGGCAGAUGAGUCAACCUCGAGGAAGUACGGAGGCACGGGGCUGGGACUGGCCAUCUGCCAGUCCCUUGUGACCCUCAUGGGGGGUAGAAUAUCAGUCUUAUCCACACUUGGUCAAGGCUCAACUUUCUCCUUCACGUUGCCAUUUCGAGUACCAGAGGCAGCAUCUGGCCCACCACCAGGGACCUCUCCUCAGCUGUCCUCCUCAGGAAGGGACAAUCUGGUCCCUGGACUGCCAGCAGCAUCAGUGCACCUUCCUCCCCUGCAUGUCUCAUUACCCCAUUCAGCCUCCCUGGAGACCUCUCCCCCAUCGGUAGAGCUGCGCUCGUUUGCAGGGCUGAGGUGUCUGGUGGUGGAGGACAAUCCGGUGAACCGAAUGGUGGUGGUGAGGCUGCUGGGCAGCCUGCAGGUAGCCUGUGACGUGGCAGAGGAUGGGGUCAAGGCCGUGGCAGCAUGCCAAGCCAAGGAGUAUGACGUCAUUUUCAUGGAUGUGCACAUGCCCGAAAUGGAUGGGUUUGAGGCGACUAGAAGGAUACGCGAGAUUUCUGAAACUAACUGCAGCGAUUCUUCAGCACCUGGGAGACAUUCAGAGCAGGGUGCAGCAGUUUGCAGCAAUGACAAAUACUUCUUCAAUCCUUCCAGGACACUAAACUCGAUCAUCUUGGACCACGUCCUUCUGCAACUCAACACGACCAGGAGCAGAUGCGACGUGGUCGUAUCUUGUAGCGGAGAAGUCUCUAUCGUGUCCAGUGGGCUAAUCCGUCCCUUCGCGUCGCACAUCAAGUCCGUGGACGACCAAUUUAAGAGCGGCGCGCACCUCAUUAAGCUCGACCCGCGCGAAUGCCGCGAAUUUCUAGAUCGCCAGCGGCUAAAAAACCCGCUAGCAGCAGCAGCAGCAGCGGAGGAACAAGCCGAAGAAGACACACUAUUGGGAUGGUUCACCAUGAAAACCGUUGAGAGGAUAAUAACGUUCGUGAAGUCGCCCGGGCUGCUGGAGCACGCGGUGACGAUCGAGGCGGAGUUGCAGACUCUCGACGACACAAUCCAUACCCCCGCCGCUGCGUCUGAACCCUUCCAGGCGGAGCAGCAACUGGACGGCAGCGACGGCAGAGCGGAGGAGGGCCCGAGAGGGGCAACGCCGCUGAGAGACCGGCUCUCGGGCCGACGAGCGUCGUCUCGCUCGCCGUCUCCCGCCCGAAGCCUUAACGGACUCAGGGGAGAUUCGUUCAGCGACAACGGCGAACGAGAGAGUCGCCUGCGCAAGGCGAUGGACGUGCGCGCGGCCAUGCUCAAGCGCGAGCAAGGCGUGGCGAUCGCGCGCGCAGCGGCGGCGGGAUUCUCCCCCGACGUGCUGCCGCUGCUGCUCUGCUUCGCGGAUUGCUUCGGAGCCGUCCGUUUGAAGCACGCGUGCGUGAAAUUCUCCUCCCUCGUCCGCCGCCAAGACUCCGCCUACGCGGAAAGCCUCACGCGCGCGCAACUCGCGCAGGCCGCCGCGCAGACCGGCGGCGGCGCAAUCGCGGGUGCGGGCAGGGGCGCGGGCGCUGCACCGCCAGCGGCGCCGCUGACGCAGCAGCAGCAACCGUUUGGGCUGCCGGCAGGGCGAGGCGGCGGAAUCUGGUUACCCGACGGCCACGUCGCAGGCAACACGGUCACUGGGACUCCCGGGGGCUAUUACCCCUUCGUCCCGCUGUAUAACGGGGCUAUGCCCGGUGGUAUCCCCGGCGCAAUGGGCCCAGGGAUAUCUCCCCCUGCGGGGACACCUAUAACCCCUUUUUCCACGCCCGGGGGUUGGUCUGGGGAGGACCAAUCAGAAUGGAGCACGGAUGAUACUAGGAGCGGGUACGGAACUGGGCCGGCCGCGUAUCGCGGCGAUUCGCCCGCGGCCGCUAGGCGGCGCCGGCCGUUCAAGUCCAAGUCGGCUAGCCGGCUAAUGCCCUGGCAGCAGCGGCCGUGGAGCGCGGCGGGAUUCGCGGCGACUAAUGCGGGGGCGUCGACGGAUUUGUCAGAUACGAGCAGCGCGGUAUUUGGAAGGGACGAUGUGACUGAACCGAGUGUGCUUUUUCCGGGGAGGAAUCUUAUAGAGGACAGCAGCGUCGCAAGCUCCGUCGCAGAGAAUCAGCUCAGCUGCUCGGCGAGCCCGCUGCGACCAGUGAACAGUCGCGCGACGUCGCCCAGGUCGCGCGCGUCGUCGCCCAUGUCGCACGCGACGUCGCAGGACCUGAGGGAUUUCGUCGCAGGGCUGCAGAGGAGAGGCUCGAAGGGGGAAGCGGGGGUCGGCGGAACCGGCGCGGGGAGGGACGCGGCAGGCGGGGGGGACUUAGCCGCCGCUGCGAUGGGAAUGAAAUCGGACGGCGGAGGGUUGAUCAGGAGCGGGAGUGCCUAUGGGAGGCCGUCGCAAAUCUCGCCUAUCAUCCGUUCCCAGUCCGCGUAUCAAGUGAGAGCAGGGAGCGGGGGAAGGGGCGCGGGGACAGGCGGAGGAGCAGGCGGAGAAGCAGGGGGAUUUGCAGCGGGAUUCGCGGAGGGAGGGGGGGAUGGCGGAGGAGGGAGAGCAGGGGGCGCAGGGGGAGCAGGCGGAACAGGGGGAACUGAAGGCACAGGGGGUAUUGGAGGGCCGGUUGAUAUUUUAAUGGUAACGGCCACUACUCCGAAAAAGGGUUCCCCAAGGGCGAACGCGGAGGAGAGCAGGGAUUACCUGGGGGAGGUGGAGCUUAGGGGAGGUACGCCCGCCCUGAACGACCGUAGUUCUGCUGGCGGUGGUGGUGGUGGUGGUGCUUCUCGCACGCUCUCCUCUUCCUCGUCUCUCACUGCUCCCACUGCUGCUUCUGCAGCCAAAGCAGCCGCUUCAAGUGCAGGGUCCACUGCUACCACCUCUGCUGCAACUGCCUCCGCUGCGAUUGUGUCUCGUGCCGGUGCGCGCGCUCCCAGCCCUGAUCUCUACCGCACAGGCAAGCUCGGGCAGCAAAACGGGCAGCACCGAAUCUCCGUCUCCCAGAACGUUCCCGGAAGCCGCUUGCAGGGAGCAGCUGCGGCAGGGAUAAGGGGCGGGUUGGCUGUGAGGAGGACAGGCAGCGGGGGAGGUGGUUCUGGGGGAGUUGGUACUGGGGGAGGUGGAAGUGGGAGGGACGUUGAAGGGCUGGUGAGGGGAGGCCGGGUGGUACGGUCCCAAAGCGCCCAUGUGGUUGUGAGGGAGGGCGCAGAGGAGAAGGAGAAGGGGCAUCAGGAGCAGGUGUCCAACAAUGAGCGAGGAGCGUCUGGCACUCGGGGCGGAGAUCAGCACAGACGGGAAGGAGUGUCUGCUGCUCGGGGCCACGUUGCUGCUCUUGAGAACUCGCCUGCGAUGAAUGCACCUAAUGACCCUAAACUGUCUACGAUCGCUGGAGCAGAGGAGCUUGUUUUGCUGCCUGCUGGGAACAGGCAAGGGCCUGUGGUGCAGUCUGGAGGCAAGGGUGGGUGGAAAGGAGCAGAGAAGGCAGGGGCAGGAGGGGAGCAGAACCAGGGGGAGUACUGGAAGGGGGAGGGGAGCCGAGGUGGGAAGGAGAAUAAGUUGAUGCAGCAUUCUCCAUUGACCCAGUCGAGUUCCGCGUCAGGAGUUCCUUACUAUGCAUCAGGAGAUACGCAGCCGGAGCUUGAUUUCAGGUCCGGUUCGUUUGGAGACAAUGACCUUGGAGGAUGGGGGAUGAAGUUCGCCCAAUCUGCCUCGAUCAAAGCAGCCCCCGGGGGUAGUAGCCCGGGCGGCGCUUGGAAUAAGAGUGUAUUGGGUGAGAACAAUGCGUAUUCGGAGUUGGGUUUGGAGGGGCCGUUUGGAGUCUUGGAGGAGGUGCCUGUUGAGACGAGCUGGGUGGCUACUGAUGAGCAAGUGCAACUAAAGGAUACAAGGAAGAAGCAGGAGAAGGAGUACAUUGAAAUGCUGAGAGCCCGCGACGCAGCAUGGAAGGUGGCAGCUGUGGAGGACUCGCCUGUUGAAAAGAAGAGAGGGACUAGCCUGAUGAAGAUGUUUGGAUUCGGUUUUUGA